GCAAAAAAAAGAGAAAGAGAGAGAGAGAACGAAACCAGUUCUGUUACAGCCUAAAAAGAGCACUUUGCUUUUUGCAUAUGUAAUUAGACCACUUCACUCCUUACAAGAUUUAGCCAAAUUAGUGCAGGCAUGUUUUAAGGGUCCUCAUACUUUUUUUUUUUUGUCUUGUCAGACUCCUCUCAGCCCCUGCUUAGUAAAUUUGUUGGAAUGUUCAGCUUUUGUUGAGUCAGGAUUUAAGCCCCUUUGGACCUGCUAAUUGCAAGUUUGUAUGCUGUGCAUUUUUUUAGUUCUCCGCAUCAGAAAAAGAGAGAGUGAAAUCUAAAGGGAGGCUUAAGACGGAAGGAUUCAGUUGCUAUAAACAACAGGAGGUGUUCGGCUCGGCUACUUGAAAGUAGAAGCAAAAGAAGGUGAAUAAGUCAUUGCAGACCAGCAAAGAGAAGUUUCCAGUGUCAGAAAAGGGGACAGUUUGGACCUGUAGCCCAAAGUAACAUCAGGUUUCAGCAAGCACUGUAUGACUUUGGCAUAAUGACAGCAGAAGAUUCCACUGCAAUGAUAAGCAACGAAUCAUCAAAUAUGUCUACUUCUAACAUUCCUGAGGGCGUGGCUGGAGCCCCUAAUGAAGCCGCACUGCUUGCACUCAUGGAGCGUACAGGUUAUACUAUGGUCCAAGAGAAUGGACAGAGGAAAUAUGGUGGUCCACCCCCAGGUUGGGAAGGAUCCACUCCCCCCCGUGGUUGUGAAGUGUUUGUUGGAAAAAUACCCAGGGAUGUUUAUGAAGACGAGUUGGUCCCAGUGUUUGAAAGUGCAGGUAGCAUCUUUGAAAUGCGCCUGAUGAUGGACUUUGAUGGAAAGAAUCGCGGCUAUGCCUUUGUCAUGUACACAAAAAAGCACGAAGCAAAGCAAGCAGUCAGGGAGCUGAACAACUAUGAAAUAAGGCCAGGGAGACUGUUGGGGGUUUGCUGUAGUGUUGACAACUGCAGACUGUUCAUUGGGGGCAUCCCAAAGAUGAAGAAAAGAGAAGAGAUUUUGGAAGAAAUCUCCAAGGUGACAGAAGGGGUUCUUGAUGUCAUUGUUUAUGCCAGUGCUGCUGAUAAAAUGAAAAAUCGAGGGUUCGCCUUUGUAGAGUAUGAAAGCCAUCGAGCAGCUGCCAUGGCAAGACGGAAACUGAUGCCGGGAAGAAUCCAACUGUGGGGCCACCAGAUUGCAGUUGACUGGGCAGAACCAGAGAUUGAUGUUGAUGAAGAUGUGAUGGAAACCGUUAAAAUUCUUUAUGUCCGAAACCUGAUGAUUGAAACAUCCGAGGAUGCAAUUAAAAUGAUCUUUGGCCAGUUCAAUCCUGGGUGCGUUGAGCGGGUUAAGAAAAUAAGAGACUAUGCUUUUGUGCAUUUUGCAAGUAGGGAAGAUGCAGUGCAGUCUAUGAGGAAACUUAACGGGACUGAACUGGAAGGAUCCUGCAUAGAAGUCACUUUGGCCAAGCCUGUAGAUAAGGAACAGUACACACGUUACCAGAAAGCUGCGAAAGGAGGGGCACCUGCCACAGCUACAGCCCCGGAAGUGACCCAGCCCAAUUACAUUUACUCUUGUGACCCAUAUACCUUGGCAUACUAUGGAUACCCAUACAGUGCCCUGAUUGGUCCAAACAGAGAUUACUUUGUCAAAGCAGGCAGCUUAAGAGGCAGAGGGAGAGGUGCCGCUGGCAACAGAGCCCCUGGUCCGAGGGGAGCCUACCUGGGGGGAUACUCAGCAGGCCGUGGCAUUUAUAGCAGAUAUCAUGAAGGGAAGGGUAAACCGCAAGAAAAAGGCUUUGAACUUGUACCCAACCUGGAAUUACCUGCAGUCAAUCCAGUUGCUCUUAAACCCGGUACAGUGGCAAUCCCUACUAUUGGUACCCAGUACUCCAUGUUUCAGGGUGCUUCCGCUGCUAAGUUAAUGGAAGAAGGCAAAAUACACGGGAUGGAGCACAUGAUGAAUCCGAUGGCUGUCCAGGCAGAUCCAGCAACUGCAGCCGCAGUGGCUGCAGCAGCCGCAGCGGCAGGGAUUCCUUCAGUUUCAACACCUCCACCAUUUCAGGGCCGUCCAAUCACUCCAGUAUACACCAUGACUCCCAAUGUGCAAAGGAUUCCUGCUGCAGGGAUUUAUGGUGCAAGCUACGUACCCAUUGCAGCUCCUGCCACAGCCUUAGCCACACUACAGAAGAACACAGCAGCGAUGUAUGGAGGGUAUGCUGGCUAUAUACCUCAGGCCUUUCCUGCUGCAACCAUCCAAGUUCCACUGCAUGAUAUCUACCCAACAUAUUAAGACUCUCAGCGUGGUUUUCAGGAUGGUGGGGGGGGGAGGGGUUUGAACUGAAGGAACUCUUUUAAUAUUUAUGAAGAAAGACCAUAAAAAAUAUAUUCUAAAAGAAUAUUUUAUACAUGUG